AAGUAGCACCACGGAACAACCAACCGCAGCAGCAGCCGUUGUUCGCAGCAGUGUCAUGGCGGCGGUGCGCAGCUCACGGGUAUCGGUGAAAUCGGACAGCGGUUCCGACCGCUCCGACUCAGAGUCGGACUCCGAAUCCGACGGGGGUACCCGCGGGGCCGAACCCAUGGAGGUGGAAGAGGGGGAAGUGGAGGCCGACGACAUAUCCGUCAACCGAUCCCUGAAGGAGCUGCUGCCGGAUACUAGCAGGCGUUACGAGAACAAAGCUGGAGCUUUCAUCACCGGCAUUGACGUUAAUUCCAAGGAAGCCAUCGAGAAAAAAGAGAAGCGAGCGCGGCGUUUCCACUUCCACGGCGAGGUGAGCACCAUUCAACGAAACGUUUUCCUGGACAAGGAUGCCAUAAAGAAAGCGAUCCCCAACGUGCGAUUAGAGGCCCUCUACAUCACGGGCGUUGAUGACAUGAGCACCCAGGACGUGUUUGGGUAUUUUAAGGAAUACCCCCCCGCGCACAUCGAAUGGAUCGAUGACACUUCCUGCAACGUGGUUUGGCUGGAUGAUGACACAGCCACCAGAGCUUUCAUCAACACCAGCAGGAUGCCCGACCCUGAUGUGGCGGCCACAGAUACCGCCACUCAGACAGACAAGCCCAGCAAUGAUCAUCGAGAUCAAGGGUCAGAUGACGAGGACAAUGAUGAAGAGGGGGAGGUGAAUGAGACAAAGAAGAGUUCCCAGGAGAUUGCAAAGGAUAGCGACAGGGAGGAAAAGACCAAAGUAGAGGCCGGUCAGGCGGACAUCCUGUCAGUGGACGAGAGAGAGUCUCUUCUGAGGAACGACUUGCGUCCUGCGACCAAACCCUUCAAAGGAAACAAACUCUUCCUGCGCUUUGCCACAGAAGAUGAUAAGAAGGAGCUGGGUGCCGCCCGGCGCAGUAGAUACUACAUGAAGUACGGGAACCCAAACUACGGCGGCAUGAAGGGGAUCCUCAGCAACUCUUGGAAGAGAAGGUUUCACAACAAACGAAUCCAGAGAGACGUCAUUAAGAGUAAAACACCUCUAAUAGGAGACAGCAUGGGACACACGCCGCCGUACACACACCGCCACUCUGCUGACCUGGUCAAUCUGCCUGAGGAGCCCAUCGAGGAGGAGGAGGAGGAAGAAGAGGAUGAAGAACACGGCGACGAGGACAUGGACUCAGAUGACCGGGUGGUGGAGUACAAGGAGAGGGGAGAUCGUGGGGGUGUCGCCACACGCUUGGGAGUUCGUAGCAGGGUGGAGCGUUCCCCGUCACCCUGGUCCGAAUCGGAUGAGAUGGACUAUGACCUGGAGCUGAAGAUGAUCUCCACGCCGUCGCCGAAGAAGAGCAAGAAGAUGACAAUGUACGCUGACGAAUUGGAGUCACAGCUAAAGAGCAUUCGGAACCGGGUAGGAGAAUCAGCAUCGCAAAGCAGGCCCAAGUCCCCGUCACCCAGCAAGAUGACCGACGUGAGACAGCUUCUUGAGGAGAAACGACAGGGGCAGUCUCAGCAGAGACCGCACCUCCCACCGGUGACCAGCGGGAAGACAGAUGUACGGCAGCGGCUCGGCAAGAGGCGGUUCUCUCCGGACAGGCAGCGUUCUCCCUCCCCUAUCCCCCCAAGAGACCCGCCCCCCGCCAGAGAACCAAUCAGAGACGUGCACCGCCGACUCGGUGCAGUUCCACGGGACGAAGGUCUCUCCUCCAAGUCAUCCAAAGACAGAAAAACAAGCAGCCUAUGGAGUCGACUGGGCUCUGCUGACAACAGUGUCGGUAGCAGCGGGUCUUCAGGCCUCUUUUCGUCCUCGCGGAGACACAGGGGAAAUUCAAAAAAGGGAGAUGAAGAGGGGGAAGAAGGCGAGGAAGAGGACGACUCGACGCUACAGAAAAUGUGGGGUGCUAUGAUCAAACAAAAGCAGGAGCGGCUUACUCACAAAAUUAAAAAGAGUCGCCUGGACAAUUUGCCGUCGCUUCAGAUUGAGAUCAGCCGAGACAGCAGUGAGGACUCGGAAGCUUGAAAUGGAUGCUGGGGUGUGAAAACCCGAUUAAAAGUUUGAAGAACCUGUUCAUGGAUGGAUUACUGAGUAGGCUCUGGGCCUCUCCUCCCUCUGGACAUCUGAAGGUUGAUCGCUGGCCUUUCUGUAAUGGGUUUUUUUGUUUAUUUUAAUAACAUUCAAUAUUUGUUUAGGCUGACAUUUCAACUUUACUUUUUUGUAUGUUGAAAUCACUUUGUACAGGAAACAUCGAUGAAACAUGACGUUUUCAGCGCAGAAACAUUCCCAUUGCGUUCGUCUUGAUGACAAAAAGCUGUAAACCUUUUGAUAAGAUAAUCAUUUACCCACACCUGUGAAACCUUACUGACUGCAGCUUCUCAAGUGGGACCUUGUUUACUUUAUUUGUAAAAUAAUACCAAAAUAAGGCAACUUUCCUCAGUUUUUGCAUCCAUUAUGAUAAAGCUUCAUUUUCUUCCUCACAUCACGUCUGAAGGGCAACUUGCCAUCAAAAGACGCUUGUUUGUCUUGAAUGAAAAUUGCAGCUUUAUCAAACAGAUUGUUGUUUAAUCAACCCAUUAAAACAAUGAAGACUUUGCUGAA